UUUACGUUCCGCGCCUGCUUGGCGGGGCUCUGUGGGCUACUGGGGCAAAGAGGACGGGAACAGAGCCCACUGAGUUUACGACUUGAGCUGGAUGUUAAGCAACACGAUCAACAACAGCUGUAAUUCAGUGUUUGCAGCUCACGCCAGUUUUUCCUGCUCUGUAAACACGUGGCGUUCCUCCCAGCUGUUAAGUGAAUCUUGAGGAUCUUUCGGCUAUGGAUAACCAGAUGUUCGAGUCCACGGCCGAGCGCACCUUUCAGCACCAGGAGAGCCUGCCUCCUCUACCCGUGCCUUCCCUGGAGGGAACCCUCAGCAAAUACUUGGACGCAGUCAAGCCUUUUGCUUCAGAGGACGAGUUUCGCAACACUGCAACCAUCGUGAAACGUUUCAGGGAGGGCAUUGGAAAGCAUCUUCAUCAGAAACUUCUACAGCGAGCCAAGAACAGGCGCAACUGGCUGGAGGACUGGUGGCUAGACACGGCGUAUCUGGAGCUUCGCAUGCCAACUCAGCUCAAUGUCAAUUUUGGGGGCCCUGGGCCAUACUUGGAGCACUGCUGGCCCCCUUGUGAGGGUACCCAGCUCGAGAGAACCAGCAUAAUUGUGUGGCAAACACUGCAGUACUGGGACCUUAUCCGCACGGAGAAGUUGGCUGUCCAUAAAGCAGGAAACAUGCCUUUUGACAUGCACCAGUUCCGCAUGCUCUUCUGUACCUGCAAAGUGCCUGGAAUUACCAAGGACAGCAUCCUCAACUACUUUAAGACAGAGAGUGAGGGUCCUUGUCCCUCUCAUGUUGUGGUGAUGUGUCGCGGGAGGAUCUUUUCCUUUGAUGUUCUCUGCGAUGGACACAUCCUCACUCCUCCUGAAUUACUGAGGCAGCUCACCUACAUUAAAGAGAGCUGCGUCGGAGAGCCAGAUGGGGAUGGAGUGGGUGCCCUGACCAGUGAGGAGAGGACCCGCUGGGCUAAGACCCGGCAGCAUCUAAUCUCCAUUGAUCCUGUGAAUGAGACCAUACUGGAGACCAUUCAAAGCUCACUGUUUGUUAUUGCACUGGAUGAUGCCAAACCAUAUUCCACCCCGGAUGACUACACAGCGAUGACCCUCCUGUCUCUCACAGGUGAUCCUACAACUCGCUGGGGAGAUAAAUCCUACAACAACAUCAGCUUUGCUGAUGGAACCUUUGGCUCAACCUGUGAUCAUACACCGUAUGACGCUAUGGUCUUGGUAUCUCUCUGUUAUUAUAUUGACCAAAAACUGAAGGCCGUCGCAGGAAAAUGGAAGGGUUCAGAGGUGGUGCGUGACAUGCCUGUGCCAGAGGAGCUGGUGUUCACUGUGGAUGAUAGAGUCAAGAGAGACAUUGCACUCGCUAAAGAGCAGUACAGAAAAAGUUGUCAGGACCUGCAGGUUGCCUGCUAUGCCUUCACCUCCUUUGGGAAAGUAGCAAUCAAGAAGAGGAAACUUCACCCAGACACGUUUGUGCAGCUGGCUAUGCAGUUAACCUACUACAGGCAGCAUGGAAAGCCGGGUAGCUGCUACGAGACGGCGACCACGCGCAGGUUCUAUCACGGUCGCACAGAGACCAUGAGGCCGUGCACGGUGGAAGCUCAGCAGUGGUGCAAAAUCAUGCUUAACCCUGCAGCAAGUGUUGAAGAGAAGAGACGCGCCCUUCUUGCUGCCUUCAGCAAACACAACAAAUUGAUGGAUGAGGCACAGAAAGGAAAAGGCUUUGAUAGACACCUCUUGGGCCUGUACCUGAUUGCCAAGGAAGAGGGACUUCCUGUGCCUGAGCUUUACUCCGAUCCUCUCUACGCUAAGAGUGGAGGAGGAGGAAACUUUGUCAUUUCUUCUAGCCUUGUGGGCUACACGACUAUUCUGGGAGCUGUUGCUCCAAUGGUGCACCACGGCUAUGGAUUCUUCUAUCGUAUCCGUGACGACAGGAUUGUUGUUGCCUGUACGGCUUGGAAAUCCUGCCCAGAGACAAACGCCGAGACGUUCUUCCACAACCUGUGUGCCUCUUUCCAUGACAUAAUGCAGGUCACCACCCUGUCCCAGCUGUAGAGUAAAGCGUUCUGGGAAAUUGAGUUUCCACAAGUUCAUCAAGUUUAAUCAGUAAUCCUUCAGUGCCUUUACUUCCAGUUGCACUAAUACCGUCUACAUUCAGGUUAUCCUCUGUGGAGUAAUGAUGAAUUUGUGAAUAAUUAGCAAAAAAAAAAUCUGUUGUAAUCUUUUCCUUUGCUGCUUCUAGUCAUUAAUACUAGACUCAUAGACUCAUCAGUAGCAUUACUGCUUCUUCAUUUGUCAUGAAUUGGAACAACUACUAACAGGUAGUCCUGUGAUAAUGUGAACAGAUUAGAUUCAUUUGUCUUCAGAUAAAACGGUGGAUCUGCGAAGUGGGCAGUUUUGACACCAAGUUGUCCCUAAAUGGAGGUAAUACAUUAUAUACGGAAAGUCAGUCUGACCAAGACUGGUUAGUUCUGUGUUCAACCAAAAUUGUCCAAGCUUUUCAAAACAGAAUCAUUUGUUGAGUGAUUCAUUCUUUCAUAAAUAAGCUUGUAUUUGGAUUGUGGAAGGCUUUUUUUUUUGGGGGGGGGUUGAAUUUCUCUAGAGUUAGCUGGAGACUUAAUGUUGUUGUAAAAUACAUAAUAAUACAUAAUAUAACUUGACGUAUGUUGUUUUAUAAUAAUAGACGUGAUGAAUGAACAGGAACCGUUUAGUGUCGGCUUUUGAUGCACCUGUUCCUCUCAGUUCUCUGAUAAAACCUGUUCCUCUUUGUUUAAACAAGUGAGAUUGUGGUGAACUGGGUUUGAAGCUUCACUUAAGCUGUCCAGUGUGUGCUCGAGUGUCUCAAUUGCCUUACUGUUUUGGAUCAUUUAUCUGUUUGAAAACAAACCCAGGGUAGCUAACUGUGGCUAUCUAGAUGUUGGUUUGUUGUAGUGUGUUUAAAAAACCAAAUGCACAGUAAAUGCAACAAAUUCUUUGAGUGUUUUCAUAGAAAGAAGCAUAAACUCUUAAUCAUGCACAAAUCAAUGCAAACCAACAGGAAUUAUGCAGCCUGUAUAUUUCAGUUAUAAAAUGUUUCCUUGUCUGUUGUUUUAAUUUUACAAUGUUGCAACUAACUUUGUGAUUGUUCUUUAGGAUUUGGAUAGGAUGAAUACAGCUCUUUCACAGCUCUUUGAAUACCGAGUGUUCUCCAAAUUUGAUUUAGAAAUCUGUACAGAAAGUUGAUUCAAAGAAAUGUUGUAACAGUGAUUAUUGUUUAACAAAAGUGUGAUCUACCUGAAACCUCUACGGCUGUUUAAGCUUCACUGGAUUUACCGUAAUUGUUGCUGAUUUAUACAUCAGACCGAUUAAUUACUUAAAAUGGGUCUUGAAUGGACGUUGAUGCUUCCGAUAUUAAUCUGCUUCAGUGAUGAUUUUUCCAUAUGCAGUCAUUCCCUUUAGAUUUUCGGAGCAGUACGCCAGCAGCUUACUUCCACAUUAUUUUGUAUUGACUUGUUUAAAAAAGCUGAUUGCUGAAUAGUUGAAAAGCAAAAGUUCCAGCCUUUUUUUGGGCAACAAAGCAUUUACGUUAAAAAAUCCGAUUGGUCAAGAGCUCAUGGACAUUGUAGCUUUGAGAAUUCUGAGGUGUGUAAUCACAACACUGUAAUAAAUAAAAUUAGAACCUUUAAUGCCUUCCAGUAUGAAUUUACUUCCAAAACACUGCAACUUUGCAUGUAAUGUCUGUACAUAUGUAGUAAACCUACGUAACAUUUACAAUGCAAUAAAACUGGAAAAAAUGGAAAAAA